AUGGGGGAGAAAUACCUUGAAAAGGAUCCUCGAGCAACAAAGCUAUCCAGCCUCGACGCACAAAUUGAGCAUGUGGAAAACGCAGGCUCAGAAGUGCCCGGCCAGCGCAAAAAGGCCGUCAAGCUAAAAGUUCAGCGUCACUUCCGCCGUUUCUGGUUUUGUUAUCUACUCGGCGGAGUGAUCUUUCUGGCUAUCUUCCUUCCACUUCUAUUUGUCUAUAUUAUUCCUGCCAUUGCGCAGAAGAUUCUCAACGAUGCCGAUCUUCCGAUCUAUGCAGCGCGUAUCCUCGACCCGACGCCAGACACCGUCAGCUUUUCCAUUGAUACUUCCUUGAAGAUCCCCGCUGGGCUCUCUGUGCGAAUCGAUCCAUUCUCCCUGUCUCUAUUCAACCGCGAAGCGAAGCCGAUGGUGCCAGUCCUUGAUUUAUCAGUAGACUCGUACAAACUCAAGGGAACUACGAAUAUCAGCAUCAUUACCAACAACACAGCAGUUCUCGACCGGGCGCAGUUCAUCCAAACAUUAACCAAGGCCGUAUAUUCGAAACGGUUUACCUUGUCCGCAAAGGGUUCGACAACAGGACAUUUGGGGGCUCUCAAGGCAGGCGUGACCCUGGAUAAAGAUGUGGAACUCGACGGGCUCGACAAACUCAGUGGUUUUUCUAUCGACGCAGCCCGUCUUAUCCUACCUGCCGAAGAAGAUGGGACGAAUCUGAGAGGAACCGCCACAUUGCCCAACCAUUCUGUUGUCACAUUUGCUUUGGGCAACGUCACUCUCAACCUCAAAACAGCGGGUAUUGUAGUCGGGCAAGGCUACCUUGAGAAUGUCGUUCUGUCACCGGGCAAUAACACGAUGCCUUUACGAGCAACACUCGAUAUCAGAAAAGUAUUGGCGAACCUGAUAGACAUCCUGGGAGCCCAAGUGUCAGCCUUGAUGGAUGGCAAAUUGGAAAUAUCGGCGUCGGGAAAUUCCACCGUUUACGAUGGGAAGCAUAUUCCAUAUUUUGAAGAAGUGCUGAAUAACCUGACAAUUACCACGCGAAUCCCAAUCAUGACAAUCCUGAUUCUUCAAGCCGUCGCAGGAAAAGAUGGGACAAAAAAGUUCCGCAAAUAUCAUCGAGAGGCGUUGUUGGUGAAAUAUAGAGAAACAUUACGAUUCAGCUGGUGCAACAACCCAUAG